AUGUAUGCUUGGCAACAGCGCAAAAGAAAUAAGCAGCAAAUCGUUGUUGAUCUAUCUGUUAGUAGGGAGCCAAAGCCUAGACUAAAGAAGGGUGUUAUACCAACCCAAUUUAGCUGGAUGCAAAAGAAACGAGAAUCAGCCAAACAGAGAAACGAACACAUGAUGAAACGUGCAGUAGGAAAAGAUUCAUCAAAUUUAUCAUCCAUCAGUUCGUCAAACCCAAUCCCAACAGAACCUUGCAAUGAGGUUGAAAUAGUCAAUACCAAUGGAGAUAGACGACCAUGA